UUUGUUCAGUUCAUUCGCCGAUUUUGCAGAAAACGGACGUUGGCCAUUAGCUCCGCGUUGUUUUGCCCCAAAAAUUCGUGAAAAACCACGCUAAACGCUAUUAAAGUGACAAAUUACUAAACAAUUGCCAGUAAACAGUGUGAAGUGCGUAGAAAGCAAGCCCUUAAAGAGUUUUAAAUCGUCGCAAAAGUAAAUUGCGGGCUUUUUUUGUGGCCGUCGCAGAAUGUGUUGCACAAAGCGGAAAGCACGCUAAUGAGCGUGCAAGCGACUAAAACGCAAGGAAAUGUAAAUAAAUAAACGUGUCUAGCCGCGAUUAUUGUGAAAAGUCAACAAACCAGUCAGUUGGCCGGUGAAAACUACUGGGGAACUAAAAACAAGAGAAUCCACUGCGGUGCUGAUUACGAUGGGCGAAGGUGUUCCCAUUUUCAGAGUUCUUAUCGGGCAACGACUGAAAUAUGAUUGAGUUGGCCUCUUCUCCAAUUUUCGUCUGUUUCUGGUUCCGGUGCACUGAAACCCGGCCGGACUCGAUCCGGGAGGACAUCUGAUGGUCUAAUGCGAUUCGGUGGUGGCCAGGGAAUGGAACAUGCCCGUGGAUAUGCAUAAGAACGUAUCAGUUCAAGUCGAUAGUGAUUUUGCCUUAUUGCUACCCAGUGGAGUUUAUGAAAUCAAAAAAAUGGAACCGCGCCCCAAAAUACGAACAAUCAUUGUAUUUUGUCUUUUUCUGGCAAUCGCCGGCAUUAUCGGAUUCGGAUACUUUUGUCAAGAUCAGGUAUGCGCCCUAUCCAAACGCGCCGUGAUAUUGCAGUCUUCGGAUAUCCUCGCCUAUAAUGAGCUCCCACUCCACCAGGCCAAUAGCAUUAAUGGUAAUGCGAACGGCAAUGGCAACGGCAACAAUGUGGGCGGCAUUACGGCCAUGGCCUCGAAAUCCUCCGCCCCGCAGAACAUCAUCGCCAAUGCAGGGCUGAGCUAUGAGGAUGUGCUCAACGACGACUUCCAGUUCGACAUGGAUGGCCAUGACGUGAUGGUCUUCCUGCACAUCCAGAAGACGGGCGGCACCUCCUUCGGUCGCCAUCUGGUCAGGGAUCUCGAUCUGAAGCGGCCCUGCGAGUGCCAGCGGCAGAGGAAGCGCUGCUACUGCUUCCGACCGCACCGCAACGAGAACUGGCUCUUCUCCCGCUACUCGACGGGCUGGAAGUGCGGCCUGCACGCCGACUGGACCGAGCUGACCAGCUGCGUGGACGUGGAGCUGGACAAGAACGAGGGGGAGACGGCCAAGCGGCGGUACUUCUACAUCUCGCUGCUGCGGCAACCGAUUGCGCGCUACAUGUCCGAAUAUCGGCACGUGAGGAGAGGCGCCACCUGGAAGGGUUCGCGCCACUGGUGCCUGGGUCGCCAGGCCACCGCCGCCGAGCUGCCCGCCUGCUACAAGGGCAAGGACUGGCUGGACGUGGACCUGGACCAGUUCGCCGGCUGCGAGUCCAAUCUGGCGGCCAACCGGCAGACCCGCAUGCUGGCGGACCUCGCCCUCGUCGGCUGCUACAACAAGUCAUCGAUGCCCGCCCACGAGCGGGAUCGCGUGAUGCUGGCCAGCGCAAAGCGCAACUUGGCCGCCAUGGCCUACUUUGGACUGACUGAAUAUCAAAAGAUGUCCCAGUACAUAUUUGAGGAGACCUUCAACCUGCGCUUCGCCAUUCCCUUCGAGCAGCAUAACACCACAAUCUCGGCGACUGCCGUCCAGAACCUUCGACCCGACCAAAAGCGUCGCAUCGAGAAGCUCAAUGGCCUGGACAUCGAGUUGUAUGCCUUCGCCAAGACUUUGCUCUUUCAGCGUUUCGAACAUCUGAAGGCAAAGGACACGAACUUUGAGCAGCGCUACGCCAAUCUGGGCAACAUCUACUUCAAGCAAGGCGUCACAGAGUUCAACUGGGACAGCAACGUGGAAGAUGGGCUCAGCACGGAUCAUUGAACUCCAAACCAAAUAUUACCGAUUAGAUACUAGAUGUAGAAAAAACCAACUCAUAAUUACGUAGCUGGGCAGGGCAGAAUAAAAGGGGUGGUCAUCAAGGUUACCGCAACGCAGAAGCAACAGCAUAAAAAUCAACCGAAGGACUUUAAACUAGCGUCUAAGCAUAAUGUUAAUUAAGCAGAUAAAGAACAACUAGCAGACUUGGCUUGUUUCAUUUAUAAGUAAUGCACUUAACGGCAAAUGGGCGAUAUCUCAGAGCGCGAAUUAUCUCUAAACCUAAUCCUAAGCACAACUAUUAAACCUAUGAACGUAACUAUACUCCUUUCUGUUAAGUCGCACCCCGCAAAACGAGGAAAUUGUAAAUACUUUGCAUAACAUGUGGUUUUAUAAGCGCAAAUUUCUCUUCGAACCAUUUUGAGGUGCCAAUUCACUCGAAUUCAAUUUUCACUUUCACAGCGCCCACACGACAAACCGCCAUAAUUUAGAAUAGUAUAUUAAUUUGUAAUAUGUAGCUUUUUGAUUAUUGUUACGCCAAGUCUCUGCAAAGCCAAAUCCACAAUUAGUCUAAGUGCAUAGUGCUUGGAAAAUGUUUUCGAUCCAACAACGCAUUUAUUUUAUUUUACUUCUUAGACAUCACUGUAAAUACAGCAGAAUAAAACAAAAAAGUUAAAUAAGAGCAAGAUAAAUCACUGAAAUUCGUCUAUUUUAUCUUAUUUUUGCCAGUCGAAGUACACACAUUGUAGAAUUGUUAGCAGACGUCAUUUUUUUCAGACAAUAAAGAAUUGGAGAAGGUUACCAAGCAAAAACAAACAAUUUGAUCAAAUAAAUCCAACGAAAUACACAUAAAACCUAAUCAUUAAAAAGCAUAAAAACUACACAAAAUGUAAUGUAAAAUAUUUAAAAACUUAUUAGUUGCUGAAUAAUUAAUCAGGCAUAUGCAUGUGCCAUUUUAAAUUGCAGACAUUACAAAGUUACAUGUUAAAAAACAGUUUAAUUUCACAUUUGAUGGUUUUGAGAAAAUAAAAACAAUUUUGUAGCAAACGAACACACAUUGAGAAAACAAAGAAAAAAAGCAAACACAAAAAGCAGUUAAUUUGAAUAAAACAAAUGAAUUAUUGAAUACAACCGCA